GCUCGAUCGAUCGAUUCGCUUCCGCGAUGUUGCGCGCGAGCUCGCGAUGUCGCGGCGUGUUCAUCGCUUCGUCAUCCUCGUCGUCGGCGCGCGCCUCUUCCAUCACCGACGCGUCGACGCGCGUCGACGCGCUCUCGUCACCGGCGUCGUCGACGAACGCGAUCGGGUUCGUUCGCGCGCGCGGCGUGCGUUCCGCGAGCGAUACCGCCGGCGCGAGCGCGAGCGUGGCCUCGAGCGGCGCGCGCGCGAUCGCGCUCGGACGCGGCGCGCGCGCGAUCGCGCCCGGACGGGACGUCGCGAGCGCGGCGCGAGGGUUCGCGUCGGCGGCGGCGAACGCCGGAAACGUGUACGACAUCGACGACGACGCCGUGGCGACGCUGCUGCCGGAGAUCUCCAGCGUGAAAGCGUUGACGGCGGCGUUUACGUUUGCGAAUCAGACCAAGGGCGCGGCCGAGCGUGGCGAUGGAAAGCGCGGGGCGAAGACGGCGGCGAGACGUUUGAUGGCGAGAGCCAGCGACGACGCGCUGCAAGAGGCGACCACUUCGCACAGGCGCGUGGACGUUCGGGGAUCUAGAGGUAGCGGUAAGAGUGUGGCGUUGGCGCGGUUGGUCAUGCGCGCGCGCGCCGAUGGGUGGGUCGUCGCGUACGUCCCGGAUGGUUUAGAGCUCACGAGGUUGAGCUACUUUAGCAAGAGUACGAAGGAAGGUUGCGAUGGACUGUGGGAAACGCCCGAUUGCGCGAUGCGGCUGUUGCAACACAUCGCCAACGCGGCGAACGAGAGCGUGUUAAAGUCCGUGAAGGUUAAGGGGGUGACGCUCAAGGAUGAAAACGCGCCGAAGAAGAGCCGCGGAAAAAAAUCCAAGGAUGCGGCCGACGCGCCCGAGGCGGACGCCAAGCCCAAGGCGAGCGCGGAAAUGAACUUAUUCGACUACGCAAAAGCGGGUUCGACCGAUCCGGAAAUAGCUGUCGACUGCGCGCUCGUGGUGUUGAAUGAGCUGAGAGCGCUCGCGAAGAACGGCGACGGGAAAGUCAUGUUCGUCGUCGAUCAGUACAAUGCGCUAUUCGGGCCGUCCGACAUGCAUGAGGUCACCGGACCGAGGUCUAGAAAGAAUAUUCCCGCGAAAAGUCUGCGUUUGGCGCGCGCGGUAAUCGAAACCGUGGACUCGGCGUGCGACGAAGACGCGAGGCACGUCGCCGUCACGGCGGCGUCUCACUCCGUCGGUGUUUCCAAAUCGAACACCGAACAGUCGCUGCCGGACGAACUGGGGUCCUCGACCGUCGUUACAGUGGAGACGCCGCGAUUCAACACCGAUGAAAUCGCGACCAUCCUUCGCGAGUACAAGGCUGCCGGAAUCGUCAAAGCCGUCGUCGACGAGCAAACCGUCGCGGCGAUGAAAGCGCUGACGAACGGCAAUCCGCGAGAGAUUCAGUCCAUCGCGUCCACGUUGCUGCGUUAG